CGGGCGUAGAUCACUGAGAAGCUUCACAUUCUUGUGGGGGACAAUGUGUGGACAUUGAUCACAGCAGCCCUGAAUGUUCCCCCUGCCCCAGGUACCCUCUGCGCUCUUUAGGGAAAACCCCUUGGGAGGUCCUGGACCCCAGGUUCGGCCUUUGUCUUUUGUCUGCAAGAUCAAUACCUUUACCAUGGAUGACGCAAAUGAUUCCAUCCUGAUUACCCCAACAGAUGAGUCAAUUGAGGAUGUUGUCAGUAAUGACUUCUCGACAGCUUUGGGCGCACUUAUCCUCAGUUUGGUCUUUCUUCUGGGUGUCCCUGGUAACCUCUUCAUCGUCUGGAGCAUCCUGGCAUGCACACGGCAACGCUCAGUCACCACCCUCCUAAUCCUUAACCUGGCAUGUGCUGAUGGAUUCCUAAUGGCCCUCACCAUCUUCUUUAUCAUUUACCUGGCCAAGCAGACGUGGAUCUUUGGUGGACCCUUGUGUAAAGGACUGUUUUACUUGUGCAAUGCCAAUAUGUACGCCUCCAUCUUUCUGAUCACAUUGAUGAGUGUGCACAGGAUGGUAGCUGUGAUAUUUCCACAAAAACUGUACCUCAUAACCAAAAAGGUUGUGAGGAGGGUGCUCAUAGGCAUGUGGGUCUUGGUGAUGGUGAUUGCUAUCCCCUCACUGGUGUUUCGAGAUGUGAAACAGGAGAUUGGUGAGGGACAAUCAAUACGAUUAGUGUGUGCACCCAAUCACACACUGCCUCGAAAUGUGAGGUUUCAGUAUGCCUUUGAGACAGUGUCAGGAUUUAUUCUUCCUUAUGCGGUCAUUAUAACAUGUUAUGUCCACAUCCUGAGACGGUUGAGGCAGACCAAGUUCCGCCGAAAGGUUCGCAGUGAGAAACUCAUCCUGGCCAUUGUGGUGAUGUUUGGCUUGUUUUGGCUGCCGUACCACGUUAUCAACAUGAUACAGGUGGCAGCUGAGUGGUAUGCAAAUGGUUCACCCACAAAAACUAGAUUGGACCAUAUCCAUAAGUCCAGCCGUGCAGUGACCUCAGCUUUGGCUUUCAUCAGCAGCUGUGCCAAUCCUGUCCUCUACACCUUCGCUGGAAAGUCCUACAUCAAAAAGAACGGCUUAGCCUUCAUGGCUAAGCUCUUUGAAGGCACUUCACAGGACCAGUUUGGAAACAAAAAGAGUCGAAUGGGCAAAGAUGCAGCAUGCAAUGAUACUGCUGGCACUUAUGCAGAAAAUGGAAAUACUCACAUUUCAACGCAAACAGACACCAAUUAAGUCUUAAAAAAAAUGUUGAAAGUUACACUUGGGAUAUGUUUCACCAGUUUUUCAUCCCACAAUGUGAUGAAACCAGAAACACCAGGAUGUCAGUGAAACAAACACAAGCUGUUUAAGGAUUUGCACCUUUAAUUUUUCUAACUUUUGUUAUAAUCUAAUUCUGAAAAAAGUCUUUCAAGAAUGAAAAAUCUUAAAUGUUACACUGCUUUCUUAAUCUAGAAUAUUCUUGAACUACUUUAUUAAGCAUAUUCAGAAAAAAGUUGGAAACCAGUUACCAUUAUCCAGAAUAUGACCCUUGUCAUAUUUUCUCUGAAACUUGUACUUCUGUAAUAUUUAGUAGUCUUAAUAGCCAGUGAAACAAAGGUUUUGAUGAGAACAUUUAUUAAUUUUAAUGUAUUUUUCAUUUAUAUAUAAAUAUAUUGCAAGUAGACAACCUGUGUUUUUACCACAUUAUCUAGUGCACAUAAAUGAAAAACUGUCUUACCCAUUCCAAUACUUUAUGUACUGUAUAAAGAUUUGAACCCCAUGAAAUGUUUUCUACAUUAAGCCCUGUGAAAAUCCUCCACAAAAGCUCACUUUUUUCCCCAGGCUGAAAAGCUGAUUUGAUCAUUGCAAUUACAAAGUCAUUCAUGGGACAGCUCCAUUUCUUAAAGCACUGGACAGUCUUGUACUUUUCCAAUUCAUGUAAUUUUGUCUGUUUUGUUGUGUUGUUUGUAAAUACCAAUACCUUGUUGCUUAGCGUAGAAAUAAAAGGUUGUUUUAAGA